ACUGGGCCCUCUGCAGUGAGGAUGGCAGUGCAGCCGCUGGCUUUAUCACAGCCCGGACCGAACCACAACUCUGCAGAUCCGAUUUAAUUUACUUAAAAACAUCUUUUAGUGCAACGGGUUGGAAAAAAACUCAUGAGACUGGGAGACCCUGACGUGGGAAAGAGGGCAACAAAAGGGAGCCAUCUGUAGCUGGUUAACGCAGAGCAGCUGGAUCCUCACCCUGCCAUGCCAGAGGAACUCAACAAGGACACGAUGAAAACGCCAGCGUCCUCGGGGAAGCCCAAAGCCGCUGAGCGCCCGCCCAUUGCCAUGACGACAGUAAACAUCCCCCUGGUCAAUGAGGUCCAGCUCACCGCAGCCACGGGGGGCACGGAACUGUCCUGCUACCGCUGCACCAUCCCGUUCGGCGUGGUGGUCCUCAUCGCCGGCAUCGUGGUCACCGCAGUGGCGUACAGCUUCAACUCACACGGAUCCACCAUCUCUUACUUCGGCCUGGUGCUCCUUUCAGCCGGACUGGUUCUGCUGGCGUCCAGCGCCGUGUGCUGGAAGGUGAGACUGGAGAGGAAGAAGGAGAGGCGACGCGAGAGUCAGACUGUCCUGGUCACCAACCAGAGGAGCAUUUUUACAUGAACCUGAUCUCCUGAAUCCGCAUAAAGGGGGACUCCCAGGAAUGUAAUUAGACAUCACCGCAUUUCUGAUCUGUAAAAACGCUCCGACAGCAGGCCAGGAACUGAAGGCUUUGAAGACAGAGUCAGAGGUUUAUUUGUCAAACAGACGACGAGCAUCUGGAUGGCCGGGAACACAGCCAGGAGGAAUGUAUCACAAUUAAAAUGAAUUACCACUGGGCUCAGCGGUGGAGAGGAAGUCCUCCAUUAAUCCGCGGCCGCAUGUGGCAGCUUUGAUUGGGACAGGAAGGAUUGAGGAAAAGAAAAGCCCAGGAUUGAGGGCGUAAAUGGAAACGUAUAUGACAUGCCGGAGCAGCGCGCAUAUUGGGACUAUUUAACCUUUCAUGUAUUUUUACUUCUGAAGCACUUUAAACCUUCACAUAAUUUUUGAUAUGAAACAUUUAUUUGUUAAGAAACGUAUCUUACUUUACUUUGGAAACAUUUAAAUAUAAAAAUCGAUUCUUGUGGUUCAUUAUGUAAGAGGAAUAAAUCAUUAUUGCAUGUAUAACGAGAUGAUUUUCAAUAAAGCCACAGAUCCUCCAACAUGGUGCAGAUUUCA